AGCGGACGAGGAGAGGGAAAAAGAAAGGAUAAGGUCCUCCGCCACAAAACUGAUACCGACUGAACCAGAGCGAUCUUCUUCUUCUUCACCAAAAAUGGCGUCAUUGCAGAAUUAUCCGUCGAUUCACCGCUCUUUUCCUCCUAACUCUCUUCCUCAGUUGGCGUCGCAGAGGCACGGUACCCUGCCUAGCUGUAGAAGAAGCGCAAGCGCGCCGCCGUGCGUUGUCAGAGCUGAGCAAGUAGCUUCUUCAGCUUCGACUUCGCAUUGUCUCGGAAGGCGUCAACUGCUGGCCCUCGGAGUCACCGUUCCAGGCAUUGCAGUGGUUAACCAAGAUUCUAUCUCGUUUGCUGCAGAAACUAAAAAGGGGUUUCUGUCAGUAACGGACAAAAAGGACGGUUACUCAUUUGUCUAUCCAUUUGGAUGGGAGGAAGUGGUAAUUCAAGGUCAAGAUAAGGUGUUUAAAGAUGUCAUCGAGCCCCUGGAAAGUGUUAGUGUCAAUAUGAUCCCCACGAACAAAGAGGAUAUACGAGACUUAGGACCACCUGAACAGGUUGCAGAAACUCUCAUAAAAAAGGUUUUGGCCCCUCCUUCUCAAAAGACAAAACUCAUCGCUGCAAAGGAGCAUGAUGUUGAUGGGAAAGCAUACUACACUUUCGAGUUCGUUGCUAAAGCUCCAAACUAUAUCCGCCAUGCUCUUGGCACCAUCUCUAUUGGCAAUGGUAAGUUCUAUACUUUGACAACAGGGGCAAACGAAAGGAGGUGGGAGAAGAUGAAAGAUAAAUUAGAAACGGUAGUUGAUUCCUUCAAAAUUCUCACUGUAUAUGAUGGAGCUGCCUAGUUUUCGGAUAACCAUUAAGGGUAAGCAAACCAGUUUCUGAUCAACAAGCACAAUUGUCCUGUUCUUGAGUUGUACAAGAUCAAUGACUGCCGUCACUGCUAUCGGACUGAAUCAUUUUUUUGUAAGAGGAAAAACUUCAUUGUGUUUUUAAGAAUUUGAGAUAUCUGUAAAAAAGAUAAUUUCAUUAAAAGA